AUGUCAAGUGGUGGCAGAGGCGGCGGCUCGAGCAGAGGACGAGCGGGCAAGUUUUCGAAGGCUAAGAGAGGAGGCGGACGCAACUUCUCCAAGAAUCUCCGACCCCUCGACGCAGAUGGCGCCGAACGAAGCAUGUGGGCCGAACCCCAAGCCAAAGACGACGACGACGACAGCGACGAAGAAGACUCCUCUGAGGAAGAAGACAGCGACGAUGAUGUCCCCCAGCAACCACAACAGGCGGAGAUGACACGUGAGCAACGCAAAGCAGCCACCAAAGCCAAAAAGGAAGCCGCCAUCAAGCGAAAGCAAGGCGGGCCCGAAGCCGGCGACAUGCCCCCCAGCGACAGCGACGAAGACUCAGACGAAGCCGACCUCGCCGACAUGCCCUCCAACCCCAACCUCACAGCCGCCGCCCGCAAACAAGUCGCCAAACCCCCACCGGGCGCCGACCCGGCCGAGGCGCCGGCAAAAACCAAAAUCACAAAAUCAACCGAUACCUCGCAACUCUCGCGCCGCGAACGCGAAGCCCUCGAAGCCCAGCAGAAGAAGGAACGAUACCAGAAGCUGCACGCGGAGGGGAAGACCGAGGAGGCGCGGGCGGAUAUGGAGAGGUUGAAGCUGGUAAGGCAGCAGAGGGAGGAGGCUGCUGCGGUCAAGGCGGCGGAGAAGCAGGAGAAGGAUUUGGUGGAGAGGGAGAAGAGGGAGCAGAUGGAGAGGUUGGAGAGGCAGGCGGCGUUGAAGGCUGCGAGGGGGAAUCGGGGGGGCAAGAAGGGGGGGAAGGCUUGA